GAUAUUCUUCGAAAUAUUUGAUUAUUUACAUGCAUUUGAUAUUUUUGUUGGUUUUACUUCAUUAAAUCAACGAAUUUCAUCUAUUUUGCAAUUCAUUCCACUUCAUAUUAUUAUUUCACAUGAUUAUUGUCAUCGUCAAAUUGAUUUUAUUUCUUCACAUCUUACUUUUCAUGCUCAUCAAGUUAUUUCAUUAAAAAUUGAUGAUAUAAUUAGUGAUUAUUCAUCUGUUAUUAAUUUAUUAUUUAAUCAACACAAUUUUAUUAAUCUUCAAUCAUGUAUAUUUACUUCAAUUAGUUCAUCAACAAAACUUGAAAAUAUUUUUAAAAAAAUUGAAAGUUUAAAUAAACUUGUUACAUUUACUCUUUUUGAUCCAUAUCUUAAUCUAAAUGAAAAAGAUAACUGUAAUUUAACUCGAAUGAUGUUAAUGCAUAAAUCAUCUUCUCUUCGUUCAAUGGUACUUAAACAUAGUUAUGAUUAUGCCGAUAUAUCAAAUUAUACUUCAAUAUCUUCAAAUCUUACAUCACUUCAUUUACGUAUACAUGGUACACUUUCAACUGUAUCGAUUCAUUCAGUUUUAUUAAUAUUUCGUCUUUGUCAUGGAAUUCGACAUUUAGGCUUAAUACUAGAACACAAAUUUUUAGUUCAAAAUAAUGAUGUCAAUGUUCCAAAUUCAACAAUAUCUCUUAAUGAUACUGACUAUCCAAUAUUACCAAAAUUGAUAUCUUUCAAUUUAGCAGUUCUUCUUAUAUGUGAUAUUUAUGCAAUUGCUUAUAUGUUACGUUGUAUGCCUAGUCUUAAUCGUUUUAAUUUUUUUCUUGUGGUACAAAUGAGAGGAUUGCUAUAUAAUUGUGAAUUGCUUAAUGGUUAUGUGUGGGAAGAUAUAUUAAAAUGUUAUGCUCCAUAUUUAUAUACAUUUGAAUUUUAUAUAUCAAUUCAGAAAAACUUAUCAAAUACACAAUUAGACUACAUCGUCAAUUCAUUUCAAUAUUUUGUUAGAAAAUAUCCUAAUUGGAAUAUGGCUAUUGGUCGAUGGAGACUUGCUAGUGAAACUCCAGGUAAACAAAAUUGA